AUUCUUUUUUCUCACGCCCUGCUCCUGAGUCCUGUUCCAGAUCCAACGAGCCUCCAUAUUUUAUAGCUUGUACAGUUAAAGUCUUGAUCUACUUAUACAGGUCUGUAGUAUUUCAGUAGUCGGUAUUCAGAUGUCUGCCUUUCCUGAGUCCUGUUAUUGGGCUGAUAGAUAGAGAACUAGUCUCUGGAAUCCAGGUCUGAUACCACCCACCUAGGUCCAGGCCUUUUGAAAGCAGAGCCAUUGGUGGUCCAAUAAGAUCCCUGUUCUAUGCUUGAUACAUGAAAGUAUAGUCCUUUUUAAAGCUAACAAGGUCUAACAGAAUUUCACUAUGGAUCAGUCUCUAAACACUACCACAACCAGCAACAGUGGUGUGAACGUCACUGUCGUUGGCAAACAAGGGGACUACAGCCCAGCAACGAUAGUGGGGGCUAUUCGCGCCCCCUCUCCUGCUCCAAGUGAGGCUAGUACCAGCUCCAGCAACCAUUCCCUGGAUUUGAUGCGUUGCAAGAAGUGCAGUGUUGAGACGUGUCAAGAGAUGCUGGUAGUGUCUGGGAAGCGACGGAAAGGUCCAUGGAUGUGCAACUACCACCGUAACAAGACUUAUAAGGCCAAGAAGAAACAAAAGGAUCAGAUGGCUUCUGACAUUCAAAUGUUCAAGAAAAAGGAGGAAGAGGUCAUACCCAAGCCAUCCAGCCUUCAGUCAGUCCCUAGCGAAAAGAAGUCCACACUUGAUGAUGGACUACCAAGACUAGACCAGGUCCUCAAUGAGAAGAAACUGGCUCUGUUGAGAUCACCAGCUAUCAUCAAGUUCCUUCAAGAAAGCCAGAAGCAGCUGUCACAUCCAGACCAGCAUGGUGCCUCAGGGACACCAGGGUGUUCCUCAGGAUCUUCCAGAGAUGAACGCUUCCAGCAUGCAUCUCCUCCAAAGAUAGCAAAAGGAGGACCGAUAUGAACAUAUGUGCAACCUGCAUCCCUGGACAUGCUUUCACUGACGAAAACUGGACACUUCUUCAAGUCUUUUGUCAUUCACCGACAAUUUCUAUGAAAUUGAUUGGGUUGUCUGUGAUGAUGGUUGUUAAAGAUGACUAAGAUUAUGAAAUGCUGCCCAUAAUACUUCCCGAUGAAGGAAGGGGAUAGGAUUUGUCAAGGUAGGAGAAAUGUGAUUCUGAUGAUAAAUGUGAAUGGAGAAAAGCCUUCACAUUAUGUCACAUGAAUAUCAGCAGAAGAUGCUUCCAAGUUUUCGCUCAACUACACAGAAUGAAUCCUACAGUACUGCAAAUGCAUUGAAAAUAUUAAAGACAAAUCACCAUGAAGUCUUUGUAGAGGAUCCAUGAAUUGGAACAGUAGUUUUAUCCAUUUCAGAGCUGACGGAAAAAGCAAUAUUUUCCAGAAUCACGGACGAAACUUCACUGACCCUCGACAAAGACAUCAUUGUCAUGAACUGCAUUUGACAAUAGAUUCUCUUUGUUCCGGAAAGCAUGUGCAUAUCUGUUGCAAACCUCCCUAUUCAUGUAUGUGGCAAGAAAUAGUUGACAUGUUGUCAUUAUACUCCAUCAGAAAGUUUAUCAAGGAAUUGGAUGAUGUUAGCUCUGGCACUUAAUCUAGUUGGGCUGAUCUAGAUUUGGUCCAGAUUAGUACCCAGGUCAGGUACAGAUUAAUUAGCACUAGACACAUUCUGUGGUCCUAAUGAAAAGAAUGGAUACAAAUAUACCCUGCCAUUAAAAAAAAGUAUAGUGGGAAAUCAAUCAUCCUCACAUGGACUGGCAAUAUUACUAUUGAAUAUCUCAUGCAUAAAUUUCAAAAGGGUCUGGAGCAAAAACUGCUUAGAGUUAGGCUUUGAAUUUUUAAUGUUUGUUUGUUUUUUAAUUUAAAACCUUACCUUUCCUUCCAGAUCAAUUUUUAAUUCAUGUAUAAACAUGUACUAACAAUGUAUGGAAAAGUCUAACAAACUAUAAAUCAAUAUUCCAUAGAAUUUGUACAUGAUUUUGGAAAAGCUCUGAAGCAUAGACUACUUGCAGUUAGACUCAACUUUGAUCUUAAUCUUAAACCAAAAACUGACAGUUUGACAAUGUCUGAUAUCUAAAUAAAGCACCUUCCUUCCAACAGCUUUCUAAGAUAUUUGCCACCAAGCUAAAGCCAGGGCAAUAAUAUCCAAGUUCUUUUGAAGCACAUAGAGUUUUUAUAUCAUGUGAUAUGCACUCUACAAGAACUGUAUUGUUAUUACUAUUAUAUAUUACCAAUGUAAAUUCUAAAAAUGGCUGAGAACAAUCUGACCAUUGAAGCUCAAAGCCUGGCCUCACACUCAUGUCCUUAGCUUUACAUAUUAUCUACAUUUCUCUUUCAUGUCUUUUGUAUGGUGAUGUUAAAGGUCAAGCAUAGUAAAAAAUAAUAUAUCUUAUUGAUACAUGUCUAUAAAAUCCCAAA